AUGAGAGAGCGGGCCCGCCGAGUAUCCGGGCAGAUCGGGGCGGCCCCAGCCACUCAGAAAAAAGAAAAUAAAGCAACGCACGAGCCCGCCGCCGGGCCGGGACCGUGGGGCUGGGCUGGAGUGAAGGUGGUGGCUACGAGCUCUCGCCCUCAUGCCAGGAUGGCAGAAGACGAACCUGACGCUAAGAGCCCGAAGCCUGCGGGCCGGGCCCCCUCCGGUGGGGCCGAAGUGGGGGAGCCCACCACGCUUCUGCAGACGCUCCGGGGCUCCAUCUCGAAGGCCGUGCAGAACAAAGUAGAGGGAAUCUUGCAAGAUGUGCAGAAAUUUUCAGACAAUGACAAGCUGUAUCUCUACCUUCAGCUCCCCUCAGGGCCCGGUACUGGAGACAAAAGCUCAGAGCCAAGCACACCUAACAAUGAGGAGUACAUGUAUGCCUGCAAGUGGAUCCGAAACCACCUGGAGGAGCAUACGGACACCUGCCUACCAAAGCAAAGCGUUUACGAUGCCUAUCGGAAGUACUGUGAGAGCCUCGCUUGCUGCCGCCCACUCAGCACGGCCAACUUUGGCAAAAUCAUCAGAGAGAUCUUCCCGGACAUCAAGGCCCGAAGGCUUGGUGGCCGGGGUCAGUCCAAAUAUUGCUACAGUGGCAUACGGAGAAAGACUUUGGUUUCUAUGCCACCCCUGCCUGGCCUUGACCUCAAGGGCUCUGAGAGUCCAGAAAUGGGCCCAGAAGUAACCCCAGCGCCUCGGGAUGAACUGGUCGAGGCGGCCUGUGCCCUGACCUGCGACUGGGCGGAGCGGAUCCUGAAACGGUCCUUCAGCUCCAUCGUCGAGGUGGCCCGCUUCCUGCUGCAGCAUCAUCUCAUCUCCGCCCGGUCUGCGCACGCCCACGUGCUCAAGGCCAUGGGGCUUGCCGAAGAGGACGAGAAUGCCCCCCGGGAACGGACGUCGAAGUCCAAGAAUGGAGUGGAGAACCCAGAGGGCGGAGCCCAGAAGAAACCAGAGAGGCCGGCCCAGCCUCCCCCGGAGCCGGAGCCCCGAGCUGGGGCUGGUCCCUCGGCACACGGAGAGCGGAAGAAGACUGCAGUAGAGAGUCCGGCCCCACCAGCCAAUAACCCGCAGGUUAAUGCCCUGGUGGCCCGGCUGCCUCUGCUGCUCCCCCGGGCCCCUCGCCCACUGAUUCAGCAUGUCGCCGUCUCUCCGUCCAUGGUGGCGCCCAGGCUUCCUUCGGGCACUCUGAAGUUGACUGCCCUGCCUGUGCCCAAUAGAGUGAGGGGGACCCACGCAGCCAUGCCCAUCAUUAAUAUGAUCUUACCAACGGUUCCUGCUUUGCCUGGGCCUGGGCCCGGGCCUGGACCUGGGCAGGCUCCACCUGGGGGGCUCACUCCGCCCCUGGGCACGGAGAACAGGGAGGUGGGCGUAGGCGGUGACCCGGGACCUCCUGACAAGGGGGUCAAGAGGACAGCCGAGGCUAAUGCGAGUGAGACCAACGGGCAGGACCCACCAGCAAAAGCCGCCAAGCAGGAUGUGGAGGAUCCAGGAGGCGAUGCCAAAAGAAAACGGGGGCGCCCUCGGAAGAAAUCGGGGGGGAGUAGGGAAAGGAACCCUGCCCCUGAGAAGUUGGCGGCUGCCACGGACCCUCCCCAGCCCCCCAGGUCGCCUCGGGAGACGUGGGCCCCCAGAGAGGAGAGCCACUCCGCCGGAGGGCCGGAGAGGCCGGGGCUAGGGGGGAAGGCCGAGAAGGGGACGGUGCUCGCCCAAGGUCAGGGAGACGGUGCUGCUUCUCAAGGAGGAAGGCCCCCCAGUUCCAGCUCUUGCAGCUCCCGCCAUGCCAAAGGAGGGGAAGAGAAGGUUCCUCUCACCCACCAGAGAGUGAGCGUCAUCAGGGGCAGCAGGAGCCAGAAGGAGGCUCUCCACGUGGGGAAGGGAGAGGUAGAUACCGGAGCACAGGGUAAUAAAGACUUCAAGGGGCACAAGCUUCCGAGUUCCUCCUCCCAGGAGCAGAGAGAGCCCAAGGCGACACCCCCGUGA